AGUAUACCCGUAAAUCUUCGUCGGUCAGCAUCGCGAUCACGUAAAUAGAAUCGCACUGUUUUCGGAGUGUCCUUGUGUGCUUUAGUCACUAUUCGACGUGACGACUGGUGGUGGGUGGUACAGUGCCGGUAGUGGCCGUGUUACGGAUAUAGUACAUAGUUGCGUACGGGUGGAUCUGAAGAAUUGAAGAAGAAUCAAAAUAAGAAUAAAAUAUUCGCUAGUUUCGUAAACCGUGUGAAUCACAUUGGGCGUCUAUCCCGCACCGAAGUUUUUCCCCGUAACUCGCUGGACACGUCAGCGAAGCGAGUGCCGAUCUGUCCCCGAGCCGAUCGCAACUCUCAUGCCAUGCGUGAUACACUUUCACAGUUUUUCACUUCAGCAGCAGCAGCAGAUCAUGGCAGUCGGAAAAACAGCUCAGACUCCGAUAAUAGCUUUCCAGGACAUAAUGUGUCAAUUAAAGACGUAUCAAAGACAGACUGGGAUUCCCAAGUUGGGAACGGAACCAAGGAUCCCAACGGGAGUAUCGGGCGAGGGACGUCCGAAACGGCAGAGACCGACUCAUCAGGGACCGGGGGGAUGCGGGACUCGCUGGAGGGGACGGGCUCAGCGCAGAACGACCUUAUUCACCUCAAGAGACGGGUGGGACUCUUCAGUGGGGUGGCUUUAAUUGUCGGAACGAUGAUCGGGUCUGGAAUAUUUGUAUCGCCAUCUGGUUUACUAGUGAGAACUGGUUCCAUUGGUGUGAGCUUUAUUAUAUGGAUGGCCUGUGGGUUGCUCUCAUUGUUAGGUGCAUUGGCAUACGCUGAGUUAGGCACGAUGAACACAUCUUCUGGAGCAGAAUGGGCAUACUUUAUGGACGCGUUCGGCGCUUGGCCUGCAUUUUUAUUCUCGUGGGUCUCGACGCUGGUACUAAAGCCAUCCCAGAUGGCAAUCAUUUGUCUAUCAUUUGCCCAGUAUGCCGUGGAAGCCUUCGUGGCCGAGUGCGAUCCACCUCAAACUGUUGUGAAAAUGGUUGGAAUACUAGCGAUUGUGUGCAUUUUAUUUGUAAAUUGUUAUAGUGUUAAUUUAGGGAUGGCUGUACAAAAUAUUUUUACCAGCGCAAAACUGAUCGCGGUACUGAUCGUCAUCUGUGGCGGCGCCUACAAGCUGUUCCAGGGCAACACGCAGCAUCUGCAGAAUGCAUUUACCGGACCGAUGCCCUCGCUGGGCGCAAUUGCGACGGCGUUCUACACCGGUCUCUGGGCAUACGACGGUUGGAACAAUCUGAACUACGUCACCGAGGAAAUACAGAAUCCGAGCAAAAAUCUGCCUCGCUCGAUCAUGAUCGGCAUUCCGCUGGUCACCCUGUGCUAUGCACUGAUCAACGUGUCCUACCUGGCGGCAAUGUCACCUACGGAGAUGAUUGAAUCGGAAGCCGUUGCAGUCACCUUCGGCAAUCGCAUACUGGGUGUAAUGGCUUGGCUAAUGCCACUGAGCGUCACCAUUAGUACGUUUGGCAGCGCCAACGGAACCCUAUUCGCGGCAGGAAGACUGUGCUUUGCUGCUAGCCGCGAGGGGCACUUGCUGGAUAUUCUGUCUUACGUCCACGUACGCCGUCUGACACCGGCUCCCGGACUGAUUUUCCAUUCAUUGAUUGCCGGUGCGAUGGUCCUGUACGGUACGAUUGAUUCUCUGAUCGAUUUCUUCAGUUUCACGGCGUGGAUCUUCUACGGUGGCGCGAUGCUCGCACUGAUCGUUAUGCGCUACACCAAGCCCAACUACCCAAGACCAUAUAAAGUUCCGCUCAUCAUUCCAAUAUUGGUUAUGGUAAUUUCCAGCUACCUGGUGUUGGCGCCCAUCAUCGAGAAACCACAAAUCGAGUACCUGUAUGCAGUGUUGUUCAUCUUUGCUGGGCUCAUAUUCUACAUCCCGUUCGUUCACUACGGUUACCAUCCAAAAUGCAUGGACAAUUUUACACUAUUCUUCCGAAUGCUUUUCGAGGUCGUACCCACCACCACGAUGGCCAUGUUUGACUGAAACCGAGUUGCAACCGUGGAGAAAAGACACAAUCACUCAUUAAAUCUAUUCAACUGUAAACUCAAAAAUAUGUAUUCGAAAAAAGGCUUCAAAAUAGCAAACUUAACUACAAACCCAAACGAAACAAAUCCUAUAGCAAUAUCAAACAGAUUGAAGUGACACAUUUUAAAUAUAUAUGCAUCAAACCAAUCGGCGUAAUAAUGAAUGCAGCAUACGGAAAGAAUGUGCCAAUCGAUGACUGAAGGAGCCAUUAAGUGGGGACAGAAGCAACACCAAAUAUGCAUCAAGUUCAGUUAAUGAAAAAGCAACAGCAAAGACACAGCAAGGAAACACUGCUCAAAAUCAAAAUAAAAUAUAUGAACGGAUAUUUGUUUUCUCUAUUUUGGAAAAUUAUACAGGAAAAGGUUCAAACCCAGUGAAGGUCGCCAUCAGUACGGAUUUGUAUGUACCGGAACCGAAUGUUUUUAAUGAAAAAGACUAUUUUUAUAAACCAUUUAAGCAAACCUUUGAGAACAAGACCAAUCAGAUCACCGUCGUUCGGAAAUGUCAACAAUAAGUUACAAAAGACGAGAAAAGUUAGGGUUUUUGAUUGAGCCCCAUGUAGGUAAAGUUGCUCCGAACGACGGUAUCCACAGAGACGCUGAAAAUCAAUCAGGGCACAUGUAGUUUUUUUUCGGCCAAAAGCGGCACAAAAAGUAUGCAUUAUUUUCUCUUCGUGUCCGUAUACUGCAAUAAUUAGUUUAUACUAUGCAUAGAACUUAGUUUACCAAAAACCUUUGCUCCCUAGAAGAGCGGUUCAUGUUUACCCUACGUGUGAUAUUUGAAGUAGCAUUUGGAUAAUAUUUGGACAUCUGUCUUAUGAUGGCACAGAAAAGCAAAGCUGCACGGAUCAUUCCCGAAUGGUCGAUCCCUGAAUGGUCUUAUAUUUAUGAUUGAAACUGUCGUUCAGCCGGUAUAUAUUUAAUUUAAAUAUAAAAUCAAGAGAGUAACAAUUUGGGGACCGAUCAUUGCCCCAUCAGUUUGGUGCAGGAGCUGAUGCAAUUAAAAUUUUUACCCUAUCACACUCAGCGAACGAGAAAACUCGUCCAACUAAGCAUUUCAGCUUCAGCCUGGAAUGUUAAGAUUUUUAUAAUUUAACUAAACAUGAAUCCUCGAAAUGGGGAGCAAAUACCAAAUGUGAAUAAUUGAGAUUCAAUGCAAAACACAUCCUAUUGUUGUAUCUAUUCGUAACCGGUAGGAUUCUAACAUUACGUAAGUUGUUUGUAGUGUGUUUGCUGCCGAUCCGAUCGGUACACUAUGGAGCUAUCAUUCCGUAUCGACGGACCGGCAUGCAAUUAGUUUGUUUAGCUUUUAUUUAUACUUUAUUUUUUUAAAUGCUAUACUAUCUCACUGAAAGUACGUAGAAGAAAUAAUUAGUCAUACAUUGGUAAUACUUAAUUGCAACAGAAAAAAUGUGACAAAAAAUAUGCAAUCGGUUAAUUUGUUGUGAGAUUGCAAGAAUUUAUGCAAACAGUCGUGAUAGUACAGAGCGUAGCCUAUAAAAUAUUGUCGACUAGUCGUGGAAAAAAAAGUUGACAUAUAAGUACUUACUGAAAUGAGCAACCUAUGUAACGGUAGACAUGUAUCACUAAUCAUAACUAUUAUAUGCAAAACACAAAAGGAAUUUGAAAUAAAGAGUAAAUUAUUUUAACAAAAA